AUGUUAGACAGAACUCAAAGUCUCGCCACGUGGAAGCGGGCUUCAGGUACACAGGUGAACUGGAACAAGUCCAAAGCGCUGGUCAUUGGGGAUACGGAUCUCGAGGGACUGCCGGAGGGGAUGGAAGUCUUGCGACGGGGCCAGAUUUAUAAAUACCUAGGCAUCCCGGUCGGAGUGGAAAUCGCCGACGACAUCAAGACAUUCUGGGCAGACAUGAUCGAAGACCUUGAGGCGAAGGUGACACGGUGGCUGGGACUACGAAUGUCCCAACGAGCCCGAGUACGGGUCGCCCAGACCAUGCUCAUGUCCGUACCGCGGUACGGCAUCUUCUACCUGAGCCUCAACAGAGGCAUCCAGAAAAAGUUUGAGCAACUACAACAAAAACUCGCGGGCGGCCUGAACUUACAAGACGUCAGACAAAUCGUCCGCGCCUCGGCGAUCCAAUGGGUCGCGCGGAUGGAAAGACAACCGAACCUGCCAUGGGUACAACUGGCGACUCACUUAAUGGCCAGGGACACAAGGUCCGAAGGCGUUAACCUGACCAAAGUGACGACACCAUGGAAACGGGUGCUGAACGUGCAGAAGCAGAACGUGGCCCGCACGCCGAGCCUCCGUCACAUCUGGGACACAUGGUGGGAAUGCUUAGAGUACCCCGGCAGGUUCGACCAGGCGCCAAUCUCGUUCGUCAUGCCGAGAACGGCGAACGAAGUACUGAAUACGACCUUUUGGUACUUCCCGAGACUAUUCGAGGGGGGCAACCUCCAGACUCGGGGGACGGCAACCUGGUCCACAGACACCUGGAAAGAAAUAGCGGAUGGGGCCUUCGGAGACAUAGACCGGGUCGGGGACAUCUUGGACCCCGUGACAAUGGAGCCCAAGAUGCCAGAGGGACUACAAGGGCAGGAGAGGCGCCGCAUUGCACGAACGCUGCGCACACUCAUCGGCGGCCUGCCACGGGCGUGGACCCAACUUGUGGAAACUGCCCCGAUCCACGAACGACAAAACUGGACACGGACGAGGAAAGCAUUCCAACACUGUCAAAUGAGUUCGGCUCGGGCAGACGGUACAGAAGUCGGGCGCAAACUCGACGCGCUGUACUACCCAUGGGUGUACAAGGCACUCAUCAGACACGAACGGGGAGACUGCACCCUGGACGACAGAAUCGAGGGGAUUGUCCUGACAAUGUCGAGGGCCCUGCGGAGAGCCGUACGGGCAUCAGAGAUAUGGAAUGCGGUGCUCAAGAGGAACCGUUUGCCGAAAACAAACGACCUCCUCUACCGGCUGCUACUCGACAAGGUACUCACGGGUGCCAAAUUGUUAUGGACAGGGGAAGAGGGCGUGGACACAUGCCCACUGGACGGCCACGAACAGACCAUCACUCACCUGUGGAUAGAGUGCGACAUUGCCAAGGCGGUCUGGCAGGAAAUGCGGGAGAUUCACCUCUCGGCAACACGAUCUCGGCGGCGAGGACCAUACAAUGCCCCAAUCCCGACAACCCGAGAGGAAUUGUUGGGGUUUAUGGCGAUCGGCCCGCCGGGGUUGACGAAUCGACACGACAAGGCGAGAUGGCACACACUCUACUCGGAGGCGGUGUGGCAGAUUUGGAAGCUCUACCUCAAUAACCAAUUCCGAGAAGAGAACUUCACGGCACGGGGGGCAGUUCAAGUGUACCGUGGGGCCAUCCAAACAAGAAUCAUGAUGGACCGGGCGUUGAUCUUCAACCCCGUAAGGAGCGACUUUCGCGCAAAGAACCGGGCGGGGUUCACCAAAGUCUGGGGCCAGUCGGUGGAUAGGAUCUUAUAGGAAGGUGUGAGGUGCUUAAGGCACCAAGAGAGACCCCGUG